GAUAAUGUGAAGCGAGACGGACAGAGUGAGGAGCGAACGGAGAUCCUGUCGUGCUCAGGAGACAUGCUGCUUGCGUGUCCGGACUCGCCCCUAGUGCUGGAGCAAUCCGCCAGAGGUCUUAAGACACACUCACAGUGUACGUAAGCAGGAACGAUGAAUCCCUCGAGGCGCAGCAUUACCAUGGAUCCACAGCGCUGACGGACCAAGGCUUGUCUAGCGAAACACACCUUGCCAGAGGACCAUGUGUGAUGGCCACACGGUGGUGAUGAAUGCUGUGGUAGUUAGGGAGUGAUGAGUGGACGCUUAGUUCAGCGACUGGCGGAGCUGAACCUUAUCCGUGAUCCGGCCACCGUAGGUACCAAGACCCUCGUCAUCACCAGGCCAAGACAACACCACCCGCAACCAGAAGAUGGCGACACCGACCAAGAAACAGACCGCCUGCUGGGUCAACAGAGGUCAGACGACCCCGGGUUCUACGAUGAAAAGGGUUGGCGACGACCGAAAACCCGAACUGUCAUGCCCCGGGCAGCCAAUCAUAAGGCGAAUGGGGGCGGGGCCACAAGCAACGGCUCCACCCCCUCCACGCCCAUUGGUCAAGGUCACCAAGUUUCAGCCAAUCAGACACCUUCCACGCCGCCGGAUAUGGCGGCCUCAAAUAAGAAUAAGAAUAAAAAGGUGAUAGGAGGUUGCUUACUGUCCCUUAAACACCUUUGCAAUAAUAGAAAAUGCACGCUGCAUGCCCCUUGCUCGAAAAUUGUAGAUGUAUAGUAAAAGAGCCUCAACUUAGCUUCUUUUCUAUUACCACUGUCAGCAUGUGACCCCGACAGUCGUAUCUCUGUCACCGUCUUUUUCCUGCUUGCAGUACGCAGUUCUGCGUUCUGGUUUACCAGAGUUUGUUUUUUUCUCAAAUAGAAAUGACUCGAUUCCUCACAAGCAGUGCGAGAAUCGCAAUUGUAUUUCAUCCACUUGGUCUUCUGUCUCUGUCAAUGCCACCCACUUUACCACAGUAUUAGAUGCCAACCCAAACUACUGAUUCACACCCUAAUGCGACUCCACACUCGAUUGUGAACCCCAGCAUUAAGCUGUAUUUUUGUAACCAUGUUGUUUACCUCACUCCUUGUCGGUCAUUACAAUUCCUGUACAAUUUGUCAUCAUUAGCGCCCUGUUAUUAAACCCUUUCCCCCCAAGACUGCAAUCCUUUAAACUCCAUUAUUACCCUGAGAUCCACACUAUCGUCGUCCAUACUUCCCUAUUUCUUAAAUUCAGCUACCAACUCCAUUCACCCUUCCACUGUUGUCACCACGAGACCUCAAGGUCAGGUACCCCACAGACCCCAGGUUACCCAAAAUAAAUGUUCAACAGAGAACAACCUCUUGGUGAUUAUGGCAAUUGUAUCUUUCAUCAAAUGCCUUUGUAUUUCAUCGUUGUUAUCCCCGACCCCGUAUCCAGUAUCUAGAAUCUGUUUUGGGAUUUGGUACCAGUAAUUGACAGAUAUAUGGGUGAGAGGCUGGACCCUGUUUCUAUAAAUGAGGUUUCAGUGUUCCUUUCCACUAACUCGAGUUUCGAGGUU